AUGCCUAUUGCCAACAUCCCGCUUCAUGAUGCCAGUGCUAAAGGUGAUCUGGAACGCGUAAAACACAUCGUGAGUACUGGUGCAGUAGACGUCAACAUCCGAGGGUUGUACGGAUUGACACCGUUGAUGUUGGCAGCACAGAACGGGCACUAUGAUGUCUUUGAAUAUCUUCACAGUAACGGAGCUGAUUUGACGCUAGUGGAUCGUGAUGGGGACCACAUUCUGAGCAUGGCCUGUGUGGGAAACAAUAUGGACAUGGUGAAGUAUGUUGUCUCAAAGGAACCUACCCUUAUCAACAAAAGGAGAAACGACGGACGAACAGCUUUGAUGUGGGUAGCAUGGCAUGGGAAGGAAACCGUGUUUCGCUAUCUGCUGGAUAAAGGAGCUGAAUGUUCAUUAGUGGAUAAUGAUGGACACAACACUCUUCAUUAUGCCUGCCAUGGAGGACACAUUGGAAUCGUGAAUUAUGUCAUCGAUAGGCCCACACUUAAUAUCAGCAAUAGAGACUUACGUGGAAGAACAGCAUUAAUGAUAGCAGCUACGUACGGACAUAAAGAUGUGUUUGAAUUACUUGUUGGGAAAGACAGUGACAUAUCACACACAGAUAAGCACGGUAACACUAUACUCCAUGCGGCAUGCAGUGGAGGAGAUGUGGAGAUGGUGCAGCAUGUCCUCUCACAGGAAGAUAUUUACAUCAACUGUAGAGGGCAGAAUGGGGGCACACCACUGAUGUUUGCAGCAUUUGGGGGACACAGAGAGGUAUUUGACCUACUUGUGACGAAGGGAGCUGAUGCAACACUUGUUUGUAACAAGGGGAACACCAUCCUACACGUGGCUUGCAUUGGAGGACAUGUGGAGAUGGUGGAGCACAUCAUGUCACAAGGCAUCGGGGACGUCAACAGUCAAAAUCAAGAUGGGAGGACGCCACUAUUGUUGGCAGCAUUUGGUGGACACAGAGAGGUAUUUGACCUACUCGUGAGAAAUGGAGCUAAUGCAUCAGUAGUUUGUAACAUGGGGAACACCAUCCUACACGUGGCUUGCAUUGGAGGACAUGUGGAGAUGGUGGAGCACAUCAUGUCACAAGGCAUCGGGGACGUCAACAGUCAAAAUCAAGAUGGGAGGACGCCACUAUUGUUGGCAGCAUUUGGUGGACACAGAGAGGUAUUUGACCUACUCGUGAGAAAUGGAGCUAAUGCAUCAGUAGUUUGUAACAUGGGGAACACCAUCCUACACGUGGCUUGCAUUGGAGGACAUGUGGAGAUGGUGGAGCACAUCAUGUCACAAGGCAUUGGGGACGUCAACAGUCAAAAUCAAGAUGGGAGGACGCCACUAUUGUUGGCAGCAUUUGGUGGACACAGAGAGGUAUUUGACCUACUCGUGAGAAAUGGAGCUAAUGCAUCAGUAGUUUGUAACAUGGGGAACACCAUCCUACACGUGGCUUGCAUUGGAGGACAUGUGGAGAUGGUGGAGCACAUCAUGUCACAAGGCAUUGGGGACGUCAACAGUCAAAAUCAAGAUGGGAGGACGCCACUAUUGUUGGCAGCAUUUGGUGGACACAGAGAGGUAUUUGACCUACUCGUGAGAAAUGGAGCUAAUGCAUCAGUAGUUUGUAACAAGGGGAACACCAUCCUACACGUGGCUUGCAUUGGAGGACAUGUGGAGAUGGUGGAGCACAUCAUGUCACAAGGCAUUGGGGACGUCAACAGUCAAAAUCAAGAUGGGAGGACGCCACUAUUGUUGGCAGCAUUUGGUGGACACAGAGAGGUAUUUGACCUACUCGUGAGAAAUGGAGCUAAUGCAUCAGUAGUUUGUAACAAGGGGAACACCAUCCUACACGUGGCGUGCAUUGGAGGACAUGUGGAGAUGGUGGAGCACAUCAUGUCACAAGGCAUUGGGGACGUCAACAGUCAAAAUCAAGAUGGGAGGACGCCACUGAUGUCGGCAGAGCUGCAGGGAUGUGGUGAAACCCUUCUGAGUCCAGGUGUUGAUCUAUCACAAAUGAAUGAUAAAGGAAACAACGUCCUUCAUCUGGCCUGUGAAAUAGGAAGUAUGGAGAUCGUGCAACAUGUUGUGUCACAGAACAGUCUUGACAUUAACGCCAAAAACAGUAAAGGCGAAACAGCCACUAGGGUUGCAAAGCGUAAACAUCACAUGGAUUUGUAUGAAUGGUUGGUGUCACAAGGAGGUCAUGUUGUCAGCAAGUCUUACAAACACUAA